AUAAGACGGGUUUCACUUUUGGUUUUCGUAUAGAUUAAGUUAUGUACUAUUUGUACACGAAUAUUUUUCUGAACCGUUCCUGAAACAAAAUCAAGUUUCACCUUUGUUGGACUUUUUUUUCACCGCACCCCGCACCGUCUUCUGCGACUAUCAAAGUUCCACCUAUAUUUCUGUAAGAUUUUUCAAACUACAAACUUCGAUCCUGGUACUCGUGCGAUAAUUUCUGGAGUAAAACGAAUCCAAGAUGUCAACGAUCACGGAAAUCACAUGCGAAAAAUGCCUACGUCCAUUGAUACCUUCAGAUCCAGCGAGUCAGGCGCGAGGAAUCUCAACCUAUGGUUUUUUUCUGACAAAAUGCAAACAUUUAUACCAUCAAAGCUGCAUCAGGGAACUGUACAACACCCCGACGUCGGCCAAUUCGCAAGAACCGCAUAGCUUCAUCUGUCAACGUCAGAAUUGUGCCACUUUGGUAAAGCAUAAUGAAAUUUUCACCAUAGCUCCUACAUUACAAACCAGAACAAUUCAUUCUGCAGGCUCAUCAACAAUGCUUGAUGAGAAUUUAAAACCAACUACGGAAAUCGUAUGCGAAAAAUGUCUACUCCCACUGAUAUCUCCACGUUCAGCGAAUCAGACGCCACAAAUCACAACGUACGUGUUUUCUAUCUCAAAUUGUAAGCAUUUAUACCAUCAAAGCUGCAUCAGAGAUCUGUAUAAUACUCAGACGACGUCGCCCAAUUCGGAAGAACCGUUCAUCUUCAUCUGUCAAAAUCAGAAGUGUGCAGCUCCGGUAAAGCAUGAUCAGAUUUUUACCGUAGUUCCCACAUUACAAAGCAGAAAAAUUGAUUCUGUGACGAACGAUGAGUCAUCUGAACCACAAGCACCAAGUUACGCCAAUGCUGCGACAACCACAACAAAACACCAGCCGAUAACUGCAGUUAACCAGAUGCCCAAAACUACCAUCAGCAAAAUACCAAAACCAAAAUCAACGACAAACCAGAAUACGAGUAGUAAGACACCCUCUCAAACAACGAAGUGUACACAACCGUUUAAAAUGUUGAUAAUUCUGGCUAAUGAAUUAGAUGCAAAACUACGAGAAUGUGAGCGUAAAAAUCCGGCUUCCAUUGCUCGUUCUUAUUCUCGUGCAAAGAAACCUGCAAAACACGGACCUAUAGAGCAAACCAGACAGCGUCACAUACGAUUCCAAAAACGAUUUAAAAUGGAUCCCGAGAUACUCGAACCGUUCUACCCUCUGAAUUCUUAUCCCUUUCAGUAUACUGUGGCUGGAAUUGAAUCCUGGGAUGGAGUUGCAAAAAUCGCCAUAUUUGCCAAGGACGUACUCAUGAUGGGAGAUGGUCUUAUAUACGGUAUGGUAAAAUUGAUCUCUACAGCGAUACCUUUCGAAUUCGAUUUACAUCCAGCAUUAUACGGAAGAGAUUUCGACAUUUUAGAUUUAGCUGUCGCAUUGGACUUUUCAUUUCCAAAGCUUCCUCCUAGAAUCAUGCUUUCCAUUGGAAAUUGGGAUGUCUUCGAUUUUAUUCGAAGUCAACCUCAAAAAUUUCAUGAUAAGUUCCGAAAACUCCUUCAAAGUUUUGAAUCUCGUCAAGUCAAGGAAUUAUAUUUGAUCCCUCCAAUAAGGUACACUAAUCGAGACUCGUCAUCUGCAUUUGCGUAUGUUGUUUUUUUGUUCAAAGCUGAUGGUGGUAAUACUUUUGGCGGCAAAACUAUAGUCUUGGAUCCGCCUUCUUCAUUCAAGUAUCCCAUUGUGGACAAAGAUGGGCCGAUGUUCGAACUAGAACUAUUUGAACCCUUCGUACGAUACAUACGUGAGAGAUUCAUUCCUGCAGCUGCUGAAAAUCACUCCGAUGAUGAAGUAAUGUAGGUACUUAUAAGAUGAGUACUUAUAAGAUGAUAAUUUGAGUGUAUUUUAGUGUAAAGCAUUUUUAAUUAUAGAAGUGUCGAUUUCAUGUGAGUAGGUAUACUUACAGUAAACUUUUAUAUUGUUUGAUCUUUAUUUUAUGCAUUUUUACUUUAUACCAAUUAUUAAAGUUAAUAGUACUUCGUAAUUUAUUGUAAAAAAAAACCAACAAAAUUUCCAAACAAAAUAUCGUUUUUCAAGUCAAACUGUCAAAAUCUCAAAAAGUGUUGUUUUUUGUCAAAAUUGCAAAAAAAUUGUUUUAUUAAAAUCAAAAUUUACAAAAAAUUGGUACUUAUUUUUCCAAACAAAUUCAGG